UUGGACGGUCAAAGGUACCUCGCUCUUCACAAGUUUUAGCUGUGUUCAAUUUGAAGAAAUAAUAUAUAUCUAUAACGCUUUUGGCCGCCGACACACUUUUACUACUUGACUUUUCCACAGUUUUUGUGUUUUUGACUCGGGCUGGUGCGGCGUUAAAAGAACCUCUUUAUUCAAUGUCUUUGCGAUCUCAUUGGCAGAACACGAUGAUCACAAGGAGAAGAAGCCGUGCCAUGGAGAUGCCAUCAGUAGACGUUGAGGAGGUGGAAGUAGUGGAAAACGAUAAAGAUCUUCCCAGCCCUUCUGAUGCGCUUGCUGCCGAUGACAUCGAUCAUCCAGGAAUUGAGCUAGAUGACCUGUUUGAAGAUUUAAAGUGGACUCUAGAAAAAGAUUCUUCCUCUCUACUUUUUGGCGUCGAUCUUGCCAAUCUAGAAGCAUGCAGCGACAUAAACCAAGACUCGGGGUUUGACGCUUCAUCCCGCUCAUCUCCAGACAGAACGUCUUCCGGCUCCAGGAUGAAAAACAGACAAAACCAGUCGAACCACGUCAUCAACAAAAACGCCAUCGCUGCCAGAUUGAACCGUCUCAAGAAGAAGGAGCACGUCAACAGCCUGGAGAAGCAGGUUGGCGUUCUGUCAACGGAGAACGCCGUGCUCAAACAAGAGAACUGUCAGUUGACUAAACGGGUGGAAGAAUUGGAGGAUGAAACCAGGUAUCUGAGGGCUGUGCUGGCCAAUGAGAGCAUGUUAGCCCAGCUCUUGUCCAGACUGAGCGGUGUGAAUGGGAUGAAAUUAUCUUCCUCGCUUUUCCAGGGGCCACGCUCUAACGAGCACGAUUAUGCGUUGCCCAGGAAGCGGGUGAAGGUGGAGGAGAAGGAGACGUCUGGCGGCGUGUGCCUGCAUGUAGACAAGAACCACGUGUCAGUCGAAUUCUGCCCAAAGUGUGCAGAGAGCGCGAGCACGUCGCUCAAAAUGUAGGGUCAAGUACUUCUGUUUUCUCAUAUUGAGACUAAACCGUAUGCGACUCUGUACUGAACUUUAUCAGGAUGGAUGAACACUGAGUUAAUUAGAGCUGCCUAAGAACUGCAGAAUGUGCAUGUGAUUUAUGCUAUUUGUUCUGGUGGGAUGAGUACACGUUACUGCUAAACCUUGUUGACAGUUUCUUCUAGGUAAUGGUUGCUCCGCCAUGGGGGAUGAGUGGCUUUCUGAACUCCCUCUUCCUGCUUGACGCCAUGUUCUGCUGAUGGGAGGUGACGAAGCUGGACACGCAGCUGCAACGUGGCCUGGUAUUUUUUUAAAGGGAGUACCGGUAACAAAUGGUAUAUGUAAUCUAAUUUUUACCCACAUUCUGCAUCACCUGUAGCUCUUGGUUGUAUCAGCAAAGCUCCUACAGCACUCGGAGCAAUUUGUAUAUUGAUUGUAUAUUGAAAUGUACAUUAAAAAAAAAGAACUGAUCACAGUUAAUUUUUAAAUCACAUCUAAUAAACUGUAAAUGUUUAAUUUUGAAUAUAUUUUCUUUUCACGUAAAUGCUCUGAGAAAUGUUGGACAAAUAAAUCCCAUUCUCUGUGUGUAAAAUACUAAAUAUCUGCUGAGUCUUGUUGUGUACUGUUGAUAUUAAUGCAUCUCUUUUUUCUUUCUAAACAGCAAGCUCUGCCGAUAAAGGUCUUAACUUUCCCUGAACAUUGGGUCAAGUCUGGUAACGGUUGUCAGAACAGAUGACAGUCCCCCUUGGAUGGAAUUAUAGAGCAUAGAAAGAUUCAUUUCAUUUAUCUGCCCAACUACAGUGCAUCCAGAAGGUUUUCACAGCACUUCACUUUCUCCACAUUUUAUAUUCCAGCCUUAUUAAAACAAUUUUUCCUCAAAAUUUUACACACAAAUACCCCAUGUGAGCAGCAAUGUGAGAAAAAGUUUGAGAUUUUUGCUAAACGAUGGAGGCGGAGUUCAUCGGACCUUCAGAGCAGCAGGAGUGUUUCUGGAUCCUUCUUUAUAUUUCUGCCUCAAGACCAUCCUGUCUCUGAGGUCUACAGAUGAUUCCUUUGAUUUCAUGUUUGCAGUGUCAACUGUAGGACCAUCUAUAGACAGGUGUGUGCCUUUCCACAUCAAGUCCAAUCAUCUGAAUUUACCACAGGUGCACUCCUAAGUUGUAGAAACAUUUUAUGGUUGAUCAGUAAAAUCUCAAAAGUUUUUUUCCAUGUUGUCAUAAUUUGGUGUCUGUAGAAUUUUGAAGGAAGAUUAAAGGCAGGGUAUAAUGUAAAAUACUUUUUUUUUCAAGCUUUACAUCAUGUUAUUCCCUCAUCAAAGACUUUCCUGGAGUGUUUCUUUGAAUUUGUCAUACAUAUUUGAGAAAUUGUAAAAUCUCCCCCAACAUUUGGGUGUCCAGAUUACGAGUCUGGAACAAGACUUGUAAUCAUUUUACAGUCUCACUACUGAAGGCAAACCAUUUCAGCUUGCUGAGAUAAAAAAAAAGCAUGAUUUUGCUUCACUUGGCUCAGUCAGUUAACUUAUUGUGGAAAUAAUGGAAUAAGUAAACAAGGUGCUACAUAUUUCCAUAAAGCUUCACCUGUCAGAGCACAGCUCACCUGCAGUUCCUCCACUUGGCUCCUUCUGACCAGCAGCUGUUAGCCAACACCUGGUGGACCUGCCUUUCUGAGCUCUCAUGAACUACUUAGGCCAACACUUUUAGGAGCGGUUCUAAAUGGCAGCAUGGAGGAACAGUUUUGUGAUGAUGUGCUGAAGGCAGAGUGCUGGAAAGAAGAGGAUCUUAAACGAGCUAAUUUUAAGGUUUCAAAUGUCUUUUGUUUCACAUAGACAGCAUUUUUUAUAACAAGUUGUAGUUAUCAGUGCUGUUUUGUAGCACAGUGUGCUUGGAAAAGACAUACCACCCUGGCAAUGUGGAAAAAGUGAAGAACUUAAAAUACUUCUGAAUGUACUGUAUUUUAGCUCAUUUUAGCUGUAGGUGCUUUUGUAUUCAUAUUUCCUGGGAGAGUGGAACAGAAAAGUAAUCUGUACUGCCACCUAUUGGUAUAUUGGUUACCCUUCAGACGUUCCCUGUUUUGUCUUUAAAGAAUUCAGUCGGCCGUAGUUGGUUUGACAAAUCCUCUGGUCCAGUGUUUCCCAACCCUGGUCCUCAAGGCACCAUGCCCUGCAUGUUUUAGGUAUCUUCCUGCUUCAACACACAUGAUUUCAAUUGAUGGCUGAUUAACAAGCUUUUUCUGAACUGCAAUCAUUUAAAUGGGUUGUGAUAAAGCAGAGAAACAUCUAAAACAUGCAGGGCAGUGUGCCUUGAGGACCAGGGUUGGGAAACUCUGGUCUAUGCUCCCACAUCAGUGGCUGUUAAGGCAAAUAAAUGAGUAUAUUGAACAUUAUUGUACUUUACCUUAUGGAGGCAUAAAACAUUGCAGGAAUAAAU